UGUAUUAUAGAUAUAUUUGAUGCUGAUGUUGGUCAGAAUGGCUCCUGCUCUUCCUCUGAUCUUUCUGCUCAUGAUUCACGGGGUUUCUAGUGCAGGUUGGGGUGUGAGUUACAGUCCUUCACACAUCUGUGCACUAAAGAACUCAUCAGUGAUAAUGAACUGCACUUAUACAUACCCUACUGAACAUCAGAUCAGGAAAGUGUUCUGGACCAAAAACCCUGUAAAGGAUGUAGAUCCUCCAGAUCUGUCUAAUGACACUGAAUACAGUCAGAGGCUUCAGUAUCUGGGAGAUAAACAGCAGAGCUGCACCAUGAGACUGAGUCAUGUGACACUGAAGGAUUCACACAUGUACUGUUUCAAAUUCAUCACUGAUAUACCUGGUGGUAAAUGGACUGGUUAUCCAGGAGUGACUCUUACUGUCACAGAUCUUCAGGUGGAGUCUCCUGAGAGAGUGACAGAGGGAGAUUCAGUCCGUCUGACAUGUAAAAGCAGCUGCACUCUGACUGACAGAGCAACAUUCAUCUGGUACAGAAACUCACAGAAGAUAUUAACUGAGAGAAGAGACAGAAACAAUGAACUCCUGCUGCAGUCAGUCAGAAGAGAGGAUGCAGGCAGAUAUAGCUGUGCUGUACACGGACACAAUCACAUCUCUCCUGCUGUUCAGCUCAAUGUCACGUACCCUCCCAGGAGCGUCUCAGUGUCCAUCAGUCCAUCUGGUGAAAUAGUGUCAGGAGAUUCAGUGACUCUGAUCUGCAGCAGUGAUUCAAACCCUCCUGCUCUGAACUUCAGCUGGUUUAAAGGAAGAACGUUUGUAGGAUCUGGAAGAAUCUACAGCAUCUCAAAGAUCAGCUCUGAUGACAGUGGAGAAUACAAGUGCAGAUCCAUCAAUGAUCAUGGAGAGAAAUACUCUGAUAAUGUGACUUUAAACAUCAUGUACCCACCCAGGAACGUCUCAGUGUCCAUCAUUCAGUCUGGUCAGAUUUGGGCAGGAGAUUCAGUGACUCUGAUCUGCAGCAGUGAUUCAAACCCUCCUGCUCUGAACUUCAGCUGGUUUAAAGGAGGAACGUUUGUAGGAUCUGGAAGAAUCUUCAACAUCUCAAAGAUCAGCUCUGAUGACAGUGGAGAAUACAAGUGCAGAUCCAUCAAUGAACAUGGAGAGAAAUACUCUGAUGCUGUGACUUUAAACAUCAUGUAUCCUCCCAAAAGCGUCUCGGUGUCCAUCAAUCCACCUGGUAAAAUAGUGUCAGGAGACUCAGUGACUCUGAACUGCAGCAGUGAUUCAAACCCUCCUGCUCUGAACUUCAGCUGGUUUAAAGGAGGAACGUUUGUAGGAUCUGGAAGAAUCUUAAACAUCUCAAAGAUCAGCUCUGAUGACAGUGGAGAAUACAAGUGCAGAUCCAUCAAUGAACAUGGAGAGAAAUACUCUGAUACUGUGACUUUAAACAUCAUGUAUCCUCCAAAGAGUGUCUCAGUGUCCAUCAGUCCAUCUGGUGAAAUAGUGUCAGGAGAUUCAGUGACUCUGAUCUGCAGCAGUGAUUCAAACCCUCCUGCUUUGAACUUCAGCUGGUUUAAAGGAGGAACGUUUGUAGGAUCUGGAAGAAUCUUCAACAUCUCAAAGAUCAGCUCUGAUGACAGUGGAGAAUACAAGUGCAGAUCCAUCAAUGAACAUGGAGAGAAAUACUCUGAUAAUGUGACUUUAAACAUCAUGUUUCAUCAUGGUGCUGGUAGGAAUGUGAUUGUGAUCGCAGCGACAUCUGGAGGAUUAUUCUUCAUCAUCACCAUCAUCAUCAUCUUGUUAAUAAUAAAGAAACGAAGAAGUGAUAAAACUGAAGAUCUCACAGUGAAACAGAAUGAUCUCUAUUCUGACGCAUCUCGAAGAGUUUCAGUCCAUGACGAGCCUCUUUCUGAACCGGAUUCAGCCAAUGAUGCUCCGUAUGCCAGUGUGAAACCAAAGAGAUUCAGAGGAAAAACUCCUGAAUCCAGAGAUACUGAGGAGAUCCAGUACGCAACUGUCCAAUAUCACAGAAAGAAAGAGAUGGAAAGACCAGAAGAGAGUGAAUGUCAGUACGACAAUAUAAGAGUUCAUCAGCCUGAUGCUGCCAUGAGGCGAUCAGCUGUUCAAACUAUGGAAGAUGCAUCAGUGAUCUACAGCAGCGUCAAAUGAGUGACCAGCAAACACAAACCUGUGUUUAAUUGUUAAAUUAAAGAUUGUUGGAUAAUUGUAUAUUUGUGAAAUAAUUUACCCAUUGGUUCAUACUACAACCAAUAUAAACAUGUUCAUCACCCACAUUAAGACUAAUUUGUUCUCUUUGACCAUUUGUGAGAGAAUGACAGUCAUUGUGUGAUGGACUGAUUUUCUUUCUAUUCUGUUUUGUUUUUGUUUUGUUUUUUUUCUAUUUUUAAGUUUGUCUGAGUUGAAUCUGUUAGUAGCAUAUAGUUUUUUCAGUAUUUUUGGUCUUCAGUUUUGGGCAUAAGUUUAGAAAUCAAAAAUAUACUUUAGAGAGAGAAAUAAAAUCACAAUCUGAUUCUGAACAAUGUUGUUCACAUCUUAUACAUCGCACUCUCAUCUGAAGUCAAGUCAAAGAAAGUCAGUUUUACUGUAAAUAAAAUUGACAGAUUGUAACUUUUUUUAAAAAAAUGCAUUUAUUAAUAAUUAAAGUAUGUUUUGACAUAAGCUAACAACAGUGUUAUAUGUACUGCUUAUCAACAUUCAAAUGCAUUAGGCAUUUUAUUAUUUAAUAUAUUUCAUAAGGAGUUUCCUCUACAUGUUUUACUUUGUAUGUUUUUACAACUAUGGCUAAUGCUUUAAUAAAUUGCUGAUUAACCUUCAAGCUAUUUAAGUCUGUGGUGUAUUUGAUCUGCUGGAUACCCAGCACUGGUAGGACCUCUAGAAUUAUUAUUCAUGGACGGGCAUAAACAGAUUAUGGAAUUAAAUUACUGUCUUGCGGAUCAAAAAAUAAUAAGUGUGAAUCAAAAAUUUAAAAACAAAAAUAUAUUGCACAAACUGAAAAAUAUAAUAAAAAAAAA